AUGAGAAACAGAAACUUUUCAAGGCAGCAUUUGUGUUCCUGCUGCCCUCAGGAUUCCAUUCCUUCGCAGCCCUCAAAACCGUCCUUCCUUGAAAAGUGGCUCUCAAUCGAUACAUCCACGCUGCUGAGGCAUCAGUCUAUCUCGUUGGUGAUCUCCAUCGGAGAAGUUUCUAUCGCUUGUGACUCACUCUACCGUCAUUUUAGCCUAUCUUUCCUUGGUUCUUCUAACAGUCUAAAAUUUUCGACACUUUCUGGCCUUCGUAUUCAUGUAUUAUUUUCUUUAUUUGUUCUUUGA